AUGGCCGAAGUCGAAGUCCCUCAGCCCGUACCAGGUCCAGUUUCAAAUGAAAAUACAGCACCAUCCUCGGACGAGAUCAAGACGGUCUUUCAUGAUGUGAACAACUUUAACGUCAAACAUCCUCUUCUGAACAGUUGGAGUCUAUGGUUCACCAAGCCACCCUCAUCCAAAGGCGACAACUGGAACGACCUGCUGAAGGAAGUUAUCACGUUCGACACUGUGGAAGAGUUCUGGGGUGUCUACAACAACAUUACAGCGACCUCCGAUCUUGCAGUGAAGUCCGAUUACCAUCUGUUCAAGCGAAACGUACGGCCGGAGUGGGAAGACCCGCAGAACAAGCACGGAGGCAAGUGGUCAUACACGUUCAAGGACAAGAAAUCCGUCAACAUUGACGAGCUGUGGCUGCAUACACAGCUCGCUGCGAUCGGCGAAACCCUUGAAGAUGAGGGAGACAACGAGAUCAUGGGUGUGGUCGUCAACGUGAGAAAGAGCUUCUACCGAAUUGGUCUAUGGACCCGCACAACAGGGAAGGGGGCGCAGUCACAGGACGUUCUUAAGAAGAUUGGUGCCAGAUUCAAGCAAGUUCUCCAGAUCCCCGACAAUGAUCAGGUCGAGUUCAGUGGCCACAGCGAUGCAGCGCACGCAGGCAGCACACGUGCGAAGACGAAGUACACUGUCUAA